CGGCACUCGAUUCGGUAAGGCAUCGCUAACGCGCAUGCUCCGUAGUAUCCCUCUCUCUUCUGUCUCUGUUCAUCAUGGCUCCGGUGAAAAAACAGAGUGCCAAGGGUGGCAAGAAGAAGAAACAGGUCCUUAAGUUCACCUUAGACUGCACACAUCCAGUGGAGGAUGGGAUUAUGGACGCUGCUAACUUUGAGCAGUUCCUACAGGAGCGCAUCAAGGUGAACGGGAAGGCAGGGAACCUCGGCGGGGGCGUGGUGACCAUUGAGAGGAGCAAGAGCAAGAUCUGCGUGACCUCUGAGGUGCCAUUCUCAAAAAGGUACCUGAAGUACCUGACAAAGAAAUAUCUGAAGAAGAACAACCUAAGAGACUGGCUCCGCGUGGUGGCUAACACCAAGGAGAGCUAUGAGCUGCGCUACUUCCAAAUCAACCAGGAUGAAGAGGAGGAGGAAGAUGAGGACUGAACCUUGUGCAUUUUCCUGAUUUUGUAUAUUGAAUAAAAAAAAAAACUAUACCAUCAUCCUUGUUUUUGUUUUGAGACUUCCGAGUGAAAUUAAUGUAACAGUUCGGAUCUGUCUGUCUGUGUCUUCAGCUUCAUUUAGACAGCACUGUGGACUGGUUGUUAACUGGACAGCAGAUCCCAGCAAACUUAGUGCAGCACCCUGGCCUUCUGAUUUGGUUACCUCGUGUAUUAAAGUACCCCUCUUGAUGACAAA